CCCAUUUAUUUAGUUGUUUCUUCAUUGCCCUUUUCACAAUGGAAAGAGUUGCAGACAGUUGUGGGUUUUAAAAGAGGGCAUGAUUUGAUUAUAUGCUUUUUGUUCGAUUGAUACUAUGUGGGGAAAUUGGAAAGUUUCGGUGUUCUUAAUCAAUUUGGGGAAAUAUGUGAUGCGUUCCUGAUUUGGAAUCGGUUUGGGUAUUCAUGGGUUGGAUUACCAAAAUUCUCAAAGGAUCGAGCCACAAAAUCUCUGAAGGGCGAAACCGCCGCCGGAGAUAUGACGACGACGAUGACGGCGAGGCGGCGGCGGCGGAGGAGGAGGCGGAGGUGAAUUCCGAUGGAGCUUUUGCUGCUGCUUCAGAGGACGAGUCGUCCGAUUUCGACAGGGAAGAGAUCGAUCGAGCUAUCGCACUCUCCAUUGCUGAGCAGGACGAGAAAGGGAAGAAAGUAAUAGAGACCGAGUCUAAUGUGGAAGACGAUGAUGAACAGCUUGCUAGAGCUAUUCAGGAGAGUCUGAUCAUGGAUUCUCCUCCUCGAGCAUCUCCGUACGACUAUGGAAGCUCCUUCUUCCCCAAUCCAUUCUACUAUCCUUCAGGAAACAGAGUCUGUGCUGGUUGCAAUAGGGAGAUUGGCUAUGGAAGAUAUUUAAGCAGCAUUGGAGCCUUUUGGCAUCCGGAAUGCUUCCGUUGUCGAGCUUGCGAUCUUCCGAUCAACGAACCAGAGUUCUCCAUGUCCGAAAAUCGGCCUUACCAUAAAUCUUGCUACAAAGAGCUGCAUCAUCCGAAGUGCGACGUCUGCAAAAACUUCAUCCCGGUGAAUGCUGCCGGACUUAUAGAGUACAGAGCGCACCCGUUCUGGCCGCAAAAGUACUGCCCGUUGCACGAGCACGACGAGACGCCUCGAUGCUGCAGCUGCGAAAGAAUGGAGCCGGUCGACGCGAGAUAUUUGACGCUCGAGGACGGGAGGAAGCUCUGCCUCGAGUGCUUGGACUCGUCGAUAAUGGAGACUCACGAAUGCCAGCCGUUGUACCUCGAAAUACAGGAGUUUUACGAAGGUUUAAACAUGAAAGUCGAGCAGGCGAUACCGUUACUUUUAGUCGAGCGACAAGCGCUGAACGAGGCCAUGGAAGAGGAGAAGAAGGGUCAUCAUCACCGCCCAGAAACGAGAGGACUCUGUUUGUCGGAAGAACUAAUCGUUAGAACGAUAUCGAGGAGGCCGAGAAUCGGAGGGUAUCGGAUAAUCGACAUGUUCACGGAGCCGUACAAGCUGAUCCGGAAAUGCGAAGUGACGGCGAUUCUUAUACUAUACGGACUUCCAAGGCUACUCACGGGAUCGAUCCUCGCGCACGAGAUGAUGCACGCGUGGCUACGGCUGAAGGGCUACCCAACGUUAAGUCCGAACGUCGAGGAAGGCAUCUGCCAAGUGCUGGCUCACAUGUGGUUAGAUUCCGAAAUCAUUUCGGCGUCCCGCGGCAGCGACGCGCCGUCGUCUUCUUCCUCCGCGCCGCCGCCGUCCGAUGCGACGGCCGGAUCGUCGAAGAAGGGGAAACGGUCCGAGUUCGAGAAGAAACUUGGCGAGUACUUCUUGCACCAGAUCGAGACGGACGGGUCGGCGGCGUACGGCGACGGAUUCCGGGAAGGGAAUCGGGCAGUUGUCAAGUAUGGGCUGAAGAGAACCCUGGACCAUAUUCUGCUGACCGGCUGCUUUCCCUGAUUUCCUUUGAAGGAGCGCUUGGAGAAGAAGAAGUUACCGUAUGAAAAAGGUAAUAUACAAUUGAAGUGUUAGUAUUUUGAUGAAAAGAAA